AUGAUAUAAUAGAUUAAAAGAUAUAACAAAUUAGAAGAAUUUAUAAGCUCUUAACUUUUAUCUCAUUAGGUUCUCGAUAUUAAUCUGAAUAAUAAUUAAGUUGGUGACGAAGGUGCAUCAGGCUUAGGUUCUGGUUUAACAAAUUGCAUUAAUCUCUCAAAUUUGACACUUAACCUUGAUUACAAUUAAAUUGGUGACGAAGGUGCAUCAGGCUUAGGAUCUGGUUUAGCAAAUUGCAUUAAUCUCUCAAAUUUGACACUUAACCUUAGUUUUAAUUAAAUUGGUGCAAUUGGUGCAUAAGGCUUAUGUUAUGGUUUAGCAAAUUGCAUUAAUCUCUCGAAUUUGACACUUGACCUUAGUCAUAAUUAAAUUGGUGACGAAGGUGCAUCAGGCUUAGGUUCUGGUUUAGCAAAUUGCAUUAAUCUCUCAAAUUUGACACUUUACCUUUAUCAUAAUUAAAUUGGUGACGAAGGUGCAUCAGGCUUAGGUUCUGGUUUAACAAAUUGCAUUAAUCUCUCGAAUUUGACACUUUACCUUGAUUUCAAUAAAAUUGGUGCAAUGGGUGCAUCAGGCUUAGGUUCAGGUUUAGCAAAUUGCAUUAAUCUCUCAAAUAUGACAAUUUACCUUCGUUACAAUUAAAUUGGUGACGAAGGUGCAUCAGGCUUAGGUUCUGGUUUAACAAAUUGCAUUAAUCUCUCUAAUUUGACACUUGACCUUAGUUGCAAUUAAAUUGGUGACGAAGGUGCAUCAGGCUUAGAUUCUGGUUUAGCAAAUUGCAUUAAUCUCUCAAAUUUGACACUUAACCUUGAUCAUAAUUAAAUUGGUGCAAUUGGUGCAUCAGACUUAGGUUCUGGUUUAGCAAAUUGCAUUAAUCUCUCGAAUUUGACACUUUACCUUGAUAAUAAUUAAGUUGGUGACGAAGGUGCAUCAGGCUUAGGUUCAGGUUUAGCAAAUUGCAUUAAUCUCUCAAAUAUGACAAUUUACCUUCGUAAUAAUUAAGUUGGUGACGAAGGUGCAUCAGGCUUAGGUUCUGGUUUAGCAAAUUGCAUUAAUCUCUCAAAUAUGAUACUUUACCUUAGUUACAAUUAAAUUGGUGACGAAGGUGCAUCAGGCUUAGGAUCUGGUUUAGAAAAUUGCAUUAAUCUCUCGAAUUUGACACUUUACCUUGAUAAUAAUUAAGUUGGUGCAAUGGGUGCAUCAGGCUUAGGUUCUGGUUUAGCAAAUUGCAUUAAUCUCUCAAAUUUGACACUUUACCUUGAUAAUAAUUAAGUUGGUGCAAUGGGUGCAUCAGGCUUAGGUUCUGGUUUAGCAAAUUGCAUUAAUCUCUCAAAUUUGACACUUAACCUUGAUAAGAAUUUAAUUGGUGCAAUGGGUGCAUCAGGCUUAGGUUCUGGUUUAGCAAAUUGCAUUAAUCUCUCGAAUUUGACACUUUACCUUUAUGAGAAUUAAAUUGGUGACGAAGGUGUAUCAGGCUUAGGUUCUGGUUUAGUAAAUUGCAUUAAUCUUUCAAAUUUGACACUUUACCUUAUUGGUAAUUAAAUUGGUGCAAUGGGUGCAUCACUCUUAGGUUCUGGUUUAGCAAAUUGCAUUAAUCUCUCAAAUUUGAGACUUAACCUUAGUGAGAAUUAAAUUGGUGACGAAGGUGCAUCAGACUUAGGUUCUGGUUUAGCAAAUUGCAUUAAUCUCUCAAAUUUGACACUUGGCCUUUAUAAGAAUUAAAUUGGUGCAAUUGGUGCAUCAGGCUUAAGUUCUGGUUUAGCAAAUUGCAUUAAUCUCUCAAAUUUGACACUUGACCUUCAUGGUAAUUAAAUUGGUGAUGAAGGUGCAUCAGGCUUAGGUUCUGGUUUAGCAAAUUGCAUUAAUCUCUCAAAUUUGACACUUGACCUUCAUAAGAAUUAAAUUGGUGCAAUGGGUGCAUCAGGCUUAAGUUCUGGUUUAGCAAAUUGCAUUAAUCUCUCAAAUUUGACACUUUACCUUCGUAAGAAUUAAAUUGGUGCAAUGGGUGCAUCAGACUUAGGUUCUGGUUUAGUAAAUUGCAUUAAUCUCUCAAAUUUGACACUUGGUCUUUUUUAUAAUUCAAUUGGUGACGAAGGUGCAUCAGGCUUAGGUUCUUGUUUAGCAAAUUGCAUUAAUCUCUCAAAUUUGACACUUGACCUUCGUUGUAAUUAAAUUGGUGCAAUCGGUGCAUCAGGCUUAGGUUCUGGUUUAGCAAAUUGCAUUAAUCUCUCAAAUUUGACACUUGAACUUAUUGGUAAUUAAAUUGGUGCAAUGGGUGCAUCAGGCUUAGGUUCUGGUUUAGCAAAUUGCAUUAAUCUCUCAAAUUUGACACUUGAACUUAUUGGUAAUUAAAUUGGUGAUGAAGGUGCAUCAGGCUUAGGUUUUGGUUUAGGAAAUUGCAUUAAUCUCUCAAAUUUGACACUUUACCUUCAUGAAAAUUAAAUUGGUGACGAAGGUGCAUCAGGCUUAGGUUCUGGUUUAGCAAAUUGCAUUAAUCUAUCAAAUUUGACACUUGGCCUUUUUGGUAAUUAAAUUGGUGAUGAAGGUACAUCAGGCUUAGGUUCUGGUUUAGCAAAUUGCAUUAAUCUCUCAAAUUUGAAACUUGACCUUGGUGGUAAUUUAAUUGGUGCAAUAGGUGCAUCAGGCUUAGGUUCUGGUUUAGCAAAUUGCAUUAAUCUCUCAAAUUUGACACUUGAACUUAUAGAGUACUUAUCUUUGAAUGAAAGUAAAAAAAUAUUAUAAUAAGAAGUAAGAGCGUUUAAAAAAAUAGGAUAACUUAAGAAUUUAGUUAAUUUAAAGUUAAAUGUAAGUUAUUUUUAGCUCUAAGAUUCUGAUGUUACUCAUUUAUGUAAAGGAUUAAAAUAAUGUAUAAAUUUAGAGUAAAUAGAAUUCACAAUACCAUUUUUCUCAAUGACAGACUAACGCAUCUAUUCUAUAGGAUCUAAUUUAGCCAAAAACCAAUCAAUUUAAGAAUUAUCACUUAUAAUUACUUAAGAGAAAAAUAAACAUUAGAGUAAAGCUUUCACUGAUAAAGGCAUUUCAAAUUUUGCAAAUUAGAUAAGUCAAAUAAAAACAUUGAAAUCCCUAGAAUUGAAUUUAAAUCUUUGUAGUACAAAAGCAGCUACUGGACUUGGUAAAGCAAUUGGAAAAAUAAAUAACCUUUCUUCUCUAGUAAUAGAGUAUAGGGAUAUAUUUGAAAUCUAAGAAUUUGAAAAAGAAAUUAAAGAACUAUAGAAAUGCUAAAAUUUAAGAUAUGUAUCAAUUAAAAGAUUGAAGCUAGUAUAUUUAAGAGUCUUUGGAAACCUAAAAGAUUAGUGA